AUGACGGAAAAAGACUACGCCCCUUUAAGUACAGCAUGCGUUCGAGGACUUUGUGAUAAAAUUUACGAAAAAAGAAAGUUUGCCGGAGUAGAAAUCGAAAAGAUGGUGAAGGAUUUCAGCGACAACAAUAAUUCAAACCAAAUUAAACGGCUGAUACGGGUCCUGGGCCAGGACCUUAUGUCGUCAACCAACCCCAACAUGAAGAAUGGGGCACUUAUGGGUCUUUCGUCUGUAGCUGUUGGCUUGGGAAAAGGUUGUGUGUCAUAUGUCGGUGAGUUGACACACCCCAUAGUGGCAUGUCUCAGUGAGAGUGAAGCACGCGUCCGCUAUUCAGCAGCUGAAGCUCUGUACAAUGUAUUGAAGAUAGUGAGAGGUGCAGCUCUACCAUAUUUUACACUUAUAUUUGAUGCGCUAGCUCGCCUGGCUGCAGACCCCGAACCUCAGGUGAAGCAAGGAGCAGAACUACUGGACCGUCUUGUUAAGGAUAUAGUAACGGAAAGCGACAGCGUCGAUGUAAGCGCCGUGGUGGGGCUGGUGCGCGAGCGUAUGUACACGCGCAGUGCGAGUUCUCGGCAGUUCGUGGUGUCGUGGAUAUGCGCGUUGGACGCGGCCCCCGCGUUAGGUCUUCGCGCGCAUCUGCCCGAUCUGCUGGAUGGGCUGUUUACUAUUCUGGACGACCCGCAUCCUGAAAUACGACGCAUGUGUGAAGUGCAGCUAAACGAGUUCCUGCGUAGCAUCCGAAAAGAUCCUACCCAGGUAGACUUCCAGAGUAUGAUUAAUAUCUUGAUUACCCACGCGCAGUCGACAGAAGAACUUCUGCAGCUCACUGCGAUCACGUGGAUGCGCGAAUUCGUGGAGCUGUCGGGCGGUGGCAUGCUCCCGUACGCUUCAGGCAUCCUUUGCGCCGUGCUUCCCGCGUUGGCGUUCGCCGACGAGCCCAGGAAGAAGAUCCGCGAAAUCGCCUCCACGGUCAAUUUGCAGCUGUUGAAACUCAUUGAAGCCGAUUCGGUAACCAUGGAAAGCGCUUUCAAGGCCCUAAAAUUGGAGGACGAUAAAGAAGGAAAGACCAAAGACGUGGCUCCCGAGGGCAAGCUCAAUCUGGUCGCAGUGGUGGACCUGCUGACGCAGAUGGUCCAUCACACUUCGGUGCACACCAAGAUCGCCGCUCUCGACUGGAUCCUGCACCUCUACAGCAAGCUGCCGACCGAGAUGUACGGCGAAACGGAGCGCAUAUUCGGGCCGUCGGUAGUGGCGCUCACGGACACUUCAGAUGAAGUGGUCCGCCGCGCGAUCGCUCUUCUUGCCGAAAUCUGCUCUUGCGAACCUGAGACGGACGCGCGCCGAGCCCUCGACUCUAGUCCUUACUAUCGCAAGUUCCUCAAGGCGCUGCUACAACUGCUCGCCGCCGACGAGAACCUGCUCGAGGACAGGGGCGCCUUCAUCAUCAGACAGUUGUGCGUCGUGUUGCCAGCGGAGGAGGUGUACCGCGCGCUCGCUGACACUCUAGUUGCGGAGCGGGACUUGCGAUUCGCGGGGCGCUUCGUCGACGUCCUCUCCGCCAUCUUGCUGACGGCGCCCGAGCUGCACGCGACGCGCCGCCGCCUCAGAGCCUUCCGAGAGCCGGCCACGCACGCCCUCUUCGUCUCUCUUUACCGCUGCUGGUGCCACAGCGGUGUAGCCCUGCUCGCGCUCUGCCUGCUCACGCACAACUACCACCACUGCAAUCGACUGAUUGCCACUUUUGGUGACCUAGAGAUAACGGUGGAUUUCCUCACAGAAAUCGAUAAACUGGUUCAACUCAUCGAAUCGCCCAUAUUCGCUUAUCUCAGGUUGGAGUUGCUCAACGGCGAGCAGAGUGUGUCACUGCGCGGCGCGCUUUUCGGCCUGCUGAUGCUGUUGCCGCAGAGCGCCGCAUUUCACGCACUCCGUCACCGCCUGCACACUGCGCCGCCUCCACUGCAACCUCUUCUUAUACAUGAACCUCAACCUGCGAUACCCCCGCCCGACAUCGACUUCGACGCCUUGCUAGAGCAGUUUCAACAGGUCCAAGCCGCACACCGACGCUACCGACUCGUCGAACGACGCCUGCCCGACGCCGACUAUCUUCAGUACAAUACGUAA